AGAGAGAAAGAGAAAGCGAAGAGAGAAAAAUGACAAAAUAAGCUUUCCAUCAAUCAAUUACACAAAGCUGCAGAAAUCAUGCUACCUGCCCUUUGAGUUAAAAUUCUUGAUUUGCUUUCUGGGGUUCCUCUAAAUUUUUAUACAUAUAUAUAUAUAUAUAUAUAAAGGUAAUGGGUAAGUUACCAAAUCCUUCAUCUCUCUGUGUAUUUCUAGUAAUGGGGAAUGUGAGUGGGAAGAAGAAAGAUGAAGAAAGUGCAGAGAGCUCUGGAAUCAAGAAUCAAGAACAUGGGGAGGAAGAAUAUAUGGAGUAUGGUUUGUUUCCAGAUUCCAUGGUUCAGUCUCCUCCUCAUAGUUCUAAAGCUUAUCAUCACUCUCCUUUGAUUUUCGCUCCACAGGUUCCAGUUUUCCCCUUACAAAGGCCUGAUGAAAUAUUAAUGCAAAAUCAAAGUGGUAACAUAGUGCAAAACACAAUGGAGUAUGGGGAUAUGCCUUGUGCAAAUGGGAUACCAACAAUGAUCACAUGGAGUCAUGGGGGACAUGAAGUUGCUAUUGAGGGAUCAUGGGAUGGCUGGAAGACAAAAAAUUUCCUGCAAAGAACAGACAAGGACUUCACUGUCAUGAAGGUGUUGCCAUCAGGCGUGUAUCAUUACCGGUUUAUUGUAGAUGGACAAUGGAGAUAUGCUCCAGAUUUGCCAUGUGAAGGUGACGAUACGGGUAAUGUGUUCAAUGUCUUGGACUUGCAGGAUAUUAUUCCAGAGGUCCUAAAUAACACCAAUUGGUCAGAAGCACCUCCUUCCCCUGAGUCAAGCUACAGCAAUGCACCUUUCAGUUCAGAAGAUUUUAACGAAAAACUACCUGAUUUGCCUCCUCUGUUACAACAGACACCCCUGGACCAACCGUCUUCAUCUGCUGGUAGUGUGGAGACAUUUCAGAAGCCAUUACCAGCAGUAUUGAACCAUCUUUACAUACAGAAAACCCGUAGCAGUCAAUCAAUGGUGGUACUAAGUUCAACACAUAGAUUCCGCACCAAAUAUGUGACAGCAGUACUUUACAAGUCCUUGAAAAACUUAAAAAAGUGAAAACACUUGCGAAAUUUUCUGGAGUUGGAAGUAAAGGAAUGUGCCAAUGGAUUCAUUUUGAAUACCAAAGAUGAUCUAUGUAAGAAAAGGUAACAAAGGUCUCUACUACAUGAUGCAAGUGCUUUUUUGUUGUUUUGACAAUCAUUUCAGAAGUAAGCAUCUGAAUUUUACAGAAAAUCACGAUGAAAUCUUGAUUUUGUUUUUGCAUCUUCAUGUGAUAUUUACCAAUGUGAUGCUUCUGAAUAUCUGUAUGUAAUAUGUAUUUACAGUACACUGUAGUUUUUGAAAGAAUUAUAAUUUGUAGUUAUAGUUAGGAUUUUGUAG